AUUAGCAUGGCCCCUGCGCAAGGAUGACACGCACAAAUCGAGAAAUGGUCCAAAUUUUUUUUUGCAAAAUUUUCCAUAUCUGUUUCAUCUUCCCGGCUUUUUCCAGCAUUUUCUCCAACUGUGAAUGAAAUUUCCGACGGAUUUGAUGGGGAGAAAUAUCCAGAACUUGCAAAUUUAUAGGGUUUUGUCAUUGUUCUGAUGGCCGGAGAAUUCUGUAUUUUUCUCCAAUUCUUUCACCUUUCGAGAGUCAGUAUACGACGAAACCCUCUAGUUGGCUCAGAGGUUUUCCAGGGAACUUAUUGUCAGUCUAUGAGAAAUAUCCAUGAUUUAUGAAAAAAAGGACAAAGAUUUUGAUAAUUUUUAAAGAGAGGAAAUAAAAAAUCAAGAGCCAAAUGUAUUGCUUUCAAAGUGGCGGUAACUGGUAAGGUGUAUCUGUCUGCGUUCUUCGCGUCAUUCAAAGCUCUUCUCUUUCAACUUUCACUUCCUAGAUUCCAUUCCAAUCUCCCUAACGCUUUGAUUCCUAAACCCCUUAAAUUUUCCCAGUCUCAAACCCCAAAUUUUGACUUCAGACGGGAUAUUCUCUCUCGAUUUGUCAAAUCAAGAGGAGUUUUAGCUUCGAUCCUAGGUAAAGUUAAGUCUUUUCUGGUUUCGGAUCUCGAUUUCACUUAUUUUCCAAGAAUCCGUGGUUGAAUCGCAUGAGGAUCUGAAUACGCAAGGAAACAAAAUCCCAAAAAUAAUGUCUGUGGAGAGAUCUUUUGAAGCCUGGGAAGAGGUUCAGCGACAUGGGCAAGACUUAGCCGAUCGACUUGCUCAGGGAUUUACGGGGUUGAUUCAGAUCAACCCACCUUCGUUUCCAUGGCCGCCGAAUCAUCAUCAUCUCAAGGCGAAACUGUUCGAUCGCGAUUUCCCUAGUCAACAUUUCAGUGUGAUUAGGGAUUCUAGGUUUGGUAUCAGCCAGCCUCUCAACGGCGUCUCAGCGAUUCUCGAUAUCGGGAAUAAGAUAGGUCAAGCUGGAGUUGAUUUCGGUGCUGGAUUGAACGUGAUGGUCCAACAGUUCUUCAGGAGUUUGCCUCUACCGUUCCUCCACGACGAAGGUAACAAGCUUGUUCUCCCCGUGGAAAGUGAUACGAGUACAAGGAGCCAUAAGGCUUAUGUGAACACAAAAGAUGAUUUGGGAUUCGCUGCAGAACGAUUGAAGAGUUCAGGGUUUUCUAAGACUGAUGAUACUGUUUCUGUUACUAUGACUGACGAGGAAGCUGCAGAGUCUUUCUUAAGAACGGCUGGUUUGCUUGGACGAUCAAAGAAAAACAUUCAUUCACUUUGUCCAGCCUUAUGGUCAAAGCAUCGAAGGUGGCUUAUGAUGUCAAUGCUCUCUCUCAAUCCUUUAUCUUGCUCCUUUAUGGAUUUGCAGUUCCCAAACGGACAACUGACAUACGUAUCUGGCGAGGGACUGACAGUAAGCGCCUUUGCGCCUUUCUGUAGCGGUCUUCUUCAAGCACAGGGUCAAUACCCAGGGGAUAUGAGAUUUAGUUACUCUUGUAAGAACAAAUGUGGAACACGAAUCACCCCAAUGGUGCAUUGGCCUGACAAAUCAUUUGCGUUGGAUCUUUCUCAAGCCUUGGCGUGGCGUAGAUCUGGACUACUGAUGAAACCAACACUUCAACUCAGUGUAUGCCCCACAUUUGGUGGAAGCAAUCCCGGGAUGAAAGCAGAAGUUAUUCACUCGUUAAGCGAUGAUUUGCAUCUGAUAUACGGCUACGCGCUCAACAUACAUCCAUCAGCAUUUGCCUCUGUAUCUUUUGGUAGGUCGAAAUGGAAUGGCAACAUCGGACGCACGGGAAUAGUUGUUCGAGCCGAUACUCCUCUUGCAAGUAUAGGCCAGCCAUCUUUCUCUGUUCAGCUCAAUAACACUUUCGAGUUCUAAAUCUUGCUGAUGGCACAGUUUAUUUCAAUGUACAUAUGUGUGAAAGGACUGGCUUGCCCCUCGUAACUUUUGUAUAGUUCACAAGGCUGAUGUCUCCCUUUAAAGAUUACAGUUGUAGUUCCAACUAUCAACCAAUCUGACGAGCGUUACAUUAAAAUGAUGACAGUAAUAAAUAAUCUUAAACUUGUUGAGUGCCAUGC